AUGCAUCUUGAGGGCUCCUGCCACUGCGGCGCCGUCGCCUUCAGCCUGGAGAGCGCCACGCCGGUGCCCUUCCAGCGCUGCUACUGCUCGAUCUGCCGCAAGACCCAGGGCGGCGGCGGCUUCGCCAUCAACCUGGGCGGCGCGGCCGACAGCCUGGCGGUCGCCGGGGGCGCGGCAAUCGGCACCUACCGGGCGCACGACCCGGAGGGCGCGCCGGGCACGAUCAGCGAGGGCGAGCGCAGUUUCUGUACCCGCUGCGGCGCCGGCCUGUGGGUCUGGGACCCGCGCUGGCCGGAGCUGAUCCACCCCUUCGCCUCGGCCAUCGACACGCCGCUGCCCGCCGCGCCGGAGCAUGUCGACCUGAUGCUGGCCUACAAGCCCGACUGGGUGGUGGUGCCGGAAGGGCCCAGCAGUCGCUUCCAGAUCUACCCCGAGGAAUCGCUGGAAGCCUGGCACCGCCGCCACGGCCUGCUCGACCACAAGGCGAAGUAG